UUUUUUGGAACUUUCCCUCCCUCACUCCCACUUUCCCUCACAUCUGGAGGGUAUCUGGAGUGGUGGUGACUUGUCUCUCCUUCUCCCUUCCGAUGGGAUUAUGUAUGGUUGGACUGGACUUAACACUGCUCUGCCUCUCAGAAAAAAUUGAUCACAAAGGGUGGUGAGGGCACUGGGAGGAAAGCAGGGCAGUGGAGAUCCUGGCACAGCAGGGAACUCUCAACUUGUCUUUGUCCAUCUGCAUAGGAUCAGAGACCAAGCGUCCAGAAGAUUAUUGAGCAUUUGUGGCUCAGCUGGAGUUCCAGCCAAGUGCCAUGUCGUUCCCCAGACUUUCUCUCCUGCGGGCCCUGGGUGUGCUGCUCCUAACCUGGGCGCUGGUGCAAUGCCAGGCCCCUCUGGAGCCAGAAGAACAGGAAGAGGAAGAGGAGGAGGAGGAAGAGCUCACUGAGGAGACGGCUACUGUUAGGGCCAAGAUGGAGUCUCUGGUCUGUCCUCCAGAGUGCAGCUGCACAGAAGAGGGGGCAGUGGAUUGUGCUGGGGUCGACCUCACUGAGUUCCCCAGCGAGCUGUCAGAAAACACUCGCCAUCUUUCCCUCCAGAACAAUCGUAUCGAGGAGAUAACCAUUGAGCAUCUCUCCUCUCUGCACCACCUGGAGACGCUCAACUUACAGAACAACCGCCUCACCACGCACGGCCUUGAAGAUGAAGGGUUUGAAGUUCUAAGUCAGCUGACUUACUUAUACUUGGCAAAUAACAAGCUCAGCUCAGCACCAAAACAUCUUCCUACUUCCUUGAUCAGCGCAGAUUUUGCUGCUAAUCAACUGACAAAGAUAUAUCCAUAUACAUUUGGCCAGAAACCAAGACUGAAGUCUGUCUAUCUCCAUAACAACAAGCUGACGGAUGCAGGUCUGCCAGAACACAUGUUCAAUAGUUCCGACGGCCUGGAGAUCCUCAUUAUGUCCAGCAACUUCCUGCGUUACGUACCCCGGAACCUGCCAUCUGCCCUCCAUCGCUUUCAUCUGAAGAGUAACAAACUGGAGAAAAUUCCACCCGGGGCUUUUGACAACCUGUCCCACCUCAGAGAGCUAUAUUUACAGGACAACCUUUUGAGCAACGACGGUAUGGACAAUGAGACUUUCAGUCAGCUGAGCAGCCUGGAGUGCCUGGACCUGUCAAACAACAACCUGAGUGUCGUCCCCAAGGGCCUACCCCGCAGUUUGGUGUUGCUCCACCUGGAGAAGAACUCCAUCCACAGCAUCCCCAGGGACACGCUCAGCCCCAUCCGGAACCUAGAGUACCUCCUGCUCCACAACAACAAACUCCGGUCACGCUCCAUAGACCCGGCCGCCUUCCACGGCCUGAAGAAACUCCACACCCUCCACAUGUACAAUAACCUGCUGGAGCGCGUUCCCCGAGGCCUGCCCCGACGGGCCAAGACCCUCAUGUUGCUCCACAACAGCAUCUCGGAGAUCGGCCGCAACGACCUGAUUGCGCUGUACACCCUGACGGAGCUCAACCUCAGCUACAACCGUCUGACCAGCUCAAAGGUGCACCGCGAGGCCUUCAGGAAGCUACGCCUGCUGGAGACCCUGGACCUGUCCGGGAACGGGCUCCAGGCGCUGCCCGUGGGCAUGCCGCGCAGCCUCCACGUCCUCCGGGUCAAGGACAACCAGCUGACCUCCAUACCGGAAGGGGCGCUGACCAGCAUGCCCAAGCUGAGGGAGAUCAACCUCAGCAACAACGAGCUGAAGCUCAACUCCAUCUACCAGGGAGCCUGGCUGGAGCUGAGUGCACUGAAGAUACUGGACCUGUCGAGUAACCAGCUUUCUCACAUCCCCUCGGACCUGCCUGAGUCUUUAGAGUACCUUCACCUGCAGAGUAACCGCAUAAGCAACAUACCCGUCACAGCUUUCGAAGGCACGCCCAACAUCAAAGCCAUCUUCCUACGGUCCAAUCGUCUGUCAGUGAACUCAGUGAAGGAAAGCUCUUUCUCCCACCUAACCAACCUGCAGGUUCUGGACUUGGGCCCGUCCAGCACUGAACGCUCCUUUGGACAUGAGGAAGAGGUGGAGGAAGAGGCGGAAAUGGAGGAGGAGAUUGAGGAGGAGACUUAAAGCUGAAUUCUGUUAGAAAAGGAUGGAGAAAACGGAGGUGGUGGUGAAUGGCAUGUGUAUAUCUUUCUGGUGCAGGAUACCAGAUUAAUUGUUGUUUCAGACUUUGCUUUUCAGUGCAAUGACCUGCUACUGCAUAUAAUAUUCCUCCUCUUUCUGUCAGGUUUAAGGAAAUUUUCGUUUGAUUAAAAACGAUGCACUCUGUGUUAAUGUCUGUAAGUAAACAGUCAACAUGUCAGCGAUCACCAUGGUUUGCAUCUAAAUCAGUUCUUUCAAAGUUUGACACAAUCAAAAUGUGUUUAUAUUCUGACUCAAUUUCAUUUGAGUGUGUGAUGUGAUUAUUACCAUUGCUAUGCCAUUAUGCUACUGUACUUGAAGCCAUUAGGAUAGUCAUAUAGUGUGUACCUGUUUAGUUUAGCCUAUUUUGAAUUUUUUCCUUAUGUCUUGUUUUACAAAAUUUAAGAUUGCAAAUAUUUUCUAAAAUACUUUUACCCUACAUUUUCACAGAAAUUAUUUUAUACUCCUCUCAUUUUUAUAAAUACCAUGGAUGUCUAUGUAUUAGUCUGCAUAAAUUGUCAAGGCUUUCUGCAAUAAAUUAUUUAUAAAAGUA